AUGCAUGAAGAGACAUCUCCACUUAUCGCCAGACAACAACCAGAAACAUCGAGAUGGUAUCUACCAUUAUCAAUAUACCUACUCUCCAUCUGCAACUUCUUCCUGGCAGGCUCUAGCUCCUCUCUCAACAUUCCCCUGACACGACUUAUCGAAGACAACCUCUGCCGUCGGCAUGAUUGGCAAGGGGCCCCAAUUGACGAAGGGCGUUGCAAGACCGACGAUAUCCAGUCCAGUUUAGCAUAUCUCAACGGCUCACUUUCCCUUGUGGAGGCCAUGGUUGGUCUGGUUGUCGCAUUCCCGUUUGCAGUUUUGGCCGACAGAACCGGUCGUAGACCUAUUAUUCUCCUCUCAACGGUGGGUUCUGUACUUUCUUUGGCAUGGGAAUUAGCUGUUAUUAGUUUUCAAGGGACCAUGCCAGUGCAACUCAUCCUGGCUGGCCCGAUAUUUAAUGUUGUGGGCGGCGGAAGCACCAUUCUAGUGGCCAAUUUGUAUUCCAUGGCAUCGGAUAUGGUGGCUGCAACAGAGAGAGCAUCGGCAUUCUUCCUAAUGGCAUUUGCAAGCUUAGCCGGCGCCUCAGUCGGCCCGGCCAUCUCCUCUGGGCUCAUGGAGAUCUUUUCACCGUGGAUUUCGGCUCUAGUCGGCUUCUUUGCUCUGCUGAUAGGUCCCAUCGUGUUGGUCUUCAUACCAGAGACCUUCCAUGCCUCGAAGCAGGACUCUUCCCCUGAGCCAGACUACGCCGGACUGGAAGAACCACAGCGCAACACCUUCAAAUCGCACCUACUCCAGUCCCUACGCCUGCUCCAAGCCUCUCUCAGACUACUAUAUUCUCCCUCGAUUAUCCUCGUCCUGGCUACCUUUCUUACACGCAUGCCGGAGAUUCUCGCCACCUCGCAGUUUCUGGCACAGUAUCUAAGCAAGCGCUUUGACUGGCCCCUCGCCAAGACAGGCUAUCUCAUUAGCAUUCGAGGCAUCAUCCACAUGGUGGUCCUACUCGUAGUGCUCCCUCUUCUUUCAAAGGUGCUCUUACGAUGGCAGCAACCUCCCGUCAAGGACCUUACGCUUGCUCGGGUCUCUGCUGCGUUGGCUGCCGCUGGAGCGCUCGUUAUGGCAUCGUCGAAGAUUGGACUCGUCGUUUUGGGGCUGGUACUACAAAGCUUGGGGUCGGGCCUUUCCCCUCUGUGUCGCUCACUGGCCACCAGUUUUGUAAUACCGCAGGAUACAUCGAAGCUGAACACGCUCAUUGGGAUCGUGGAAACAUUAAGUUCGCUGUUUGCGGGGCCCGCGCUUGCGUGGCUAUUCGAAAUCGGCGUGAAGCGGGAGGGACCGUUGCUCGAGCUUCCUUAUUUCGGUCUGGCAGGGUUGUUUCUGUUGUGCUUGGUGGGACUGCUUUUCGUCCGAUCUCGUCGUCGGAAGGAGGUAGGUGAUUCCAGGGCAUAG